GUGAGCGCACGGGGCUGGAAUGCGGGGCCGGGCCGGGCGGCUGCAGACGGCGCGGGGGAGCCGCGAUGCCGCACUUCACCGUGGUGCCGGUGGACGACAAGCGCCGCGUGGACUAUGCCAGCCUGGAGGGGCUGAGCUGGGUAGACUACCGGGACCCGCCGGGCGCCGCCGACCCCUAUGACACAGCCAGCUCGGACGGUCAUGGCAAUCAUAAAGAAAAUAGUCCAUUCCUUAGCAACUCUGAAGCUGGCAAGGGAGGUGAUUACUAUGACAGAAACCUGGCUUUAUUUGAGGAAGAAUUGGAUAUACGACCAAAAGUAUCUUCUCUGCUUGGCAAGUUGGUCAGCUACACAAAUCUUACUCAGGGAGCCAAGGAACAUGAAGAGGCAGAAAGUGCUGAAGGCUCAAGGAGGAAAAUAUCAAAAUCACCCAGCAUGGGCACCCUGAUGGGAGUGUACUUGCCAUGUAUGCAGAAUAUUUUUGGGGUUAUUCUCUUCCUUCGAUUGACAUGGAUGGUAGGAACAGCAGGUGUUCUACAGUCUUUCCUGAUUGUCUUAAUCUGCUGCUGUUGUACUAUGCUGACAGCCAUAUCAAUGAGUGCUAUUGCAACUAAUGGCGUUGUUCCAGCUGGUGGCUCCUAUUUCAUGAUCUCAAGGUCUUUAGGUCCAGAGUUUGGUGGAGCUGUCGGACUGUGCUUUUAUUUGGGAACAACAUUUGCAGGAGCUAUGUACAUACUUGGUGCCAUUGAGAUUUUAUUGACAUAUAUUGCUCCACAAGCAGCAAUCUUUCAUCCUACUGGUGCUCAUGAUGCAUCUAGUGCUACGCUGAACAACAUGCGAGUUUAUGGAACCAUAUUCCUCAUCCUCAUGGCCAUUGUGGUUUUUGUAGGAGUAAAAUAUGUUAACAAAUUUGCUUCUCUGUUCUUGGCCUGUGUAAUAAUAUCCAUAUUGUCCAUUUAUGCUGGAGCUAUCAAGUCCAUCUUUGAUCCACCUGAAUUUCCGAUUUGUAUGUUGGGCAACAGGACUCUGUCAAGAGAUCAGUUUGAUAUUUGUGCCAAAACGGUGGUUGUGGACAACAUCACUGUGGUCACCAAGCUUUGGCAGCUCUUUUGUCACAAUUCAAACUUUACCACUGAUAACUGUGAUGAAUAUUUCAUGCUUAACAAUGUUACAGAGAUAGCAGGGAUUCCUGGAGCUGCAAGUGGGAUUUUAAAAGAUAAUCUGUGGAGCAAUUACUUGGAGAAAGGCGAAAUACUAGAGAAAGCUGUUCACUCAUCACUUGAUAUACCUGGGCUGAAAAGCAAUCUUCAUCUUUAUGUGCUUUCUGAUAUAGCCACUUCCUUCACAGUCCUAGUUGGUAUCUUCUUCCCUUCAGUGACUGGUAUCAUGGCUGGUUCAAACAGAUCAGGAGACCUCAAAGAUGCACAAAAAUCUAUUCCUGUUGGAACAAUUCUUGCUAUCAUCACCACAUCAUUAGUCUACUUCAGCUGUGUGGUAUUAUUUGGAGCCUGCAUAGAGGGUGUAGUUCUUAGAGAUAAGUAUGGUGAUGCAGUGAACAAGAACUUAGUGGUGGGCACACUCUCUUGGCCCUCACCUUGGGUCAUUGUGAUAGGGUCCUUCUUCUCUACCUGUGGAGCAGGUUUACAGAGCCUCACUGGAGCCCCACGACUGCUACAAGCCAUAGCCAAGGACAACAUUAUUCCUUUUCUCUGGGUUUUUGGUCAUGGGAAGGCAAAUGGUGAACCAACAUGGGCCCUUCUGCUAACAGCAUUAAUUGCUGAACUGGGAAUUCUUAUAGCUUCCCUGGACAUGGUGGCUCCGAUUCUCUCAAUGUUUUUCUUGAUGUGUUACCUUUUUGUUAAUUUGGCAUGUGCAGUACAAACCCUUCUUAGAACUCCAAAUUGGCGGCCCCGAUUUAAAUACUACCAUUGGGCAUUGUCAUUUUUAGGCAUGAGUAUUUGUCUUGCAUUGAUGUUCAUUUCAUCCUGGUAUUAUGCCCUGGUGGCUAUGCUUAUUGCAGGCAUGAUUUACAAGUACAUUGAAUAUCAAGGUGCAGAGAAAGAAUGGGGUGAUGGUAUCCGAGGUCUGUCACUCAGUGCAGCCAGAUAUGCCUUGCUCCGACUGGAAGAAGGGCCUCCUCACACCAAGAACUGGAGGCCCCAAUUGUUGGUGCUUCUGAAGUUAGAUGAAGACUUGCACGUCAAAUACCCUAGGUUGUUAACAUUUGCUUCUCAGCUGAAAGCUGGCAAAGGUUUGACUAUCAUAGGGACUGUAAUCCAAGGGAAUUUCCUGGAGAGUUAUGGGGAAGCCCAAGCUGCUGAACAGACCAUUAAGAAUAUGAUGGAAAUUGAGAAGGUGAAAGGAUUUUGCCAAGUAGUUGUAGCCAAUAAAGUUCGAGAAGGAAUUGCUCAUCUAAUACAGUCUUGUGGACUAGGUGGCAUGAAACAUAACACUGUGGUUUUGGGAUGGCCAUAUGGCUGGAGGCAAAGUGAAGACCCAAGAGCUUGGAAAACCUUUAUAGAUACUGUUCGUUGUACCACUGCAGCUCAUUUGGCUCUCUUGGUACCUAAAAAUGUGUCUUUCUACCCCAGCAACCACGAGCGUUACAAUGAAGGCAACAUUGAUGUGUGGUGGAUUGUGCAUGAUGGAGGCAUGUUGAUGUUGCUUCCUUUUCUACUCAAGCAGCAUAAAGUUUGGCGAAAAUGUAAAAUGAGAAUUUUCACUGUAGCCCAGAUGGAUGACAACAGUAUUCAAAUGAAGAAAGACCUUGCUACAUUCCUUUAUCAUCUUCGAAUAGAGGCAGAGGUGGAGGUGGUAGAAAUGCAUAACAGUGACAUCUCAGCAUAUACCUAUGAGCGAACGCUAAUGAUGGAACAGAGAUCUCAAAUGCUGAGGCAAAUGAGACUGACCAAAACAGAGAGGGAAAGGGAGGCCCAGCUGGUAAAGGAUAGACACUCAAUAAUCCGACUGGAAAGCCUGUACUCAGACGAAGAAGAUGAUGGAGACUCAGUACCCGAGAAGAUUCAGAUGACUUGGACAAAAGAGAAAUGUGACUUUGAAAAACGGAGCCGAAAUAGCACAGUAGAAAACUUUAGAGAACUGAUCAGCAUUAAACCGAAUCAGUCUAAUGUCAGAAGAAUGCACACGGCUGUGAAGCUGAAUGAAGUCAUUGUAAAUAGAUCCCAUGAUGCUAGACUUGUUCUUCUCAACAUGCCUGGCCCUCCAAAGAACACUGAUGGUGAUGAAAACUAUAUGGAGUUCCUGGAAGUCUUGACUGAAGGUUUGGAGAGAGUGUUACUUGUUAGAGGUGGUGGUCGUGAGGUCAUCACGAUUUAUUCUUGAUUCAAUGCAGCCUUCUGUGCCAGCCCACAUAGACAUUCUUCUUGAGAAUGGACAUUCCAGUUUUGAAUGGAGGACUGCAUAAAUUCUCUUCCUAAUUCCCUUCAACCUGUAUAUCUUAGUACUGCUUCCACCAAUUUCAUUUUCAGUGACUCCUCAUUUGCAACUUACAUAUCUUUUGGAUUGCAGUGUUGUUACACUAUCCAACAGGCAACUCAAGUUAAUCGUGAAUCUAUGACAUUACUCAGUUUCUGCUUUGAUACUUUGCCAUUUGUUCUUGGAGUUUUAACACUAAACCUAUUUUUAGACCAUAUUUGCUAACAUGUAGUAUUUUAGUAACUGUAAAGUUAGGAAUUGACAGUCAGUUACUGUAAAAAGAUUUCAAAGCUUUUAUAUUGGGUUUGGGGAUAGAAUUACAUUAUAGAGCAGGUAGUUUAUGCUGAUGUUCAGCUAAAAUACAUUUUUCUAAACAGAAAGAAAAACUAGAUUGUAAGAACUGCCUGAAUGAGCUACAGUUUUCUGGGUUUAUUUCCAGAACUAAGUUUCAGUAUUGGAUCAGAAUUUAUACUUGCAAUACAUUUAUUGAUAUAGAUUUAAAUAAAUUAUGUUGCCAUAGUUGAUAAUUAUGUAUGUAGCUUGCUACAAAACAUUGCGUUCCUUCUGAGACUAAAGGUUUUGGGAGGCAGAUCCCUAUUUAUUUUUUAUAUUUAUUGGUCCUAAAUAUUGGAAACAUAGGUGCAAACAAUCUGGGAGUUUCAUAGAGAGGUUUCUUUAGUUUCAUACAGCCAUUGGUUCAAUGACCAGUCCUUGCAGUUUUUCCCUGUGUUAAAAUCCUUGCAAACCAUCAUUGUAUGACUUGCAGUGCAUAAAACUUGUUGAAAUUCAGCACACGGAAACAGAAGUGUUGCACUGCACAUGCUGUAAUGGCAUUGCACUUGCACAAACACGGGGGACCUGCUGCUUCAUUGUAAGGUUUUAUGUCUUAAAAAAGAGAGGAAAAG